GCUCCUGCGAAAGACGUAAUAGAAUACGAGGCGAGGGCGUGGGAUCUAGACCAUAUCUAUCUCGGCAACGGGACAAUGAAUCCCGAGAAGAAAGGGCACUUCAAUGGAAAGCCCACUCCCGAACUUGCCGCAGAGUGGAAAGAGCUUUUGCAACACCAAAACUUCCGUCUACAGAAAGAAGACUUUGGACCAUUUGCAAACGAUGAGAACUUGGUCCAACUCUCAGACAAGUCCGGCUACUUCGCAACUAUAGCUGUCUAUCACGGCUUACACUGCCUCAAGAGAUUUCAUCAUUAUCUCUACCAGGAUGAGUAUUACCCUGAUAUGUCUGCUGACGACAAACGUCGGCUGUUAUUCCAUGCUGCCACUGACAAAGCACAACAUCAAUGUGUAGCAUGGAAACCCUUGGAGCACUGGGCAGCCGAGCGCGCCUUCAAUGCUUUUGAACCCGGUCUUCUCGUACACCCCACUUUUGGUAAGCUCUUGCUGGCCUGGAAAAGAGUGGGCAAUGCGCUAAUUCUCAGUAGGAAAGUUGUUUGGCGAAGACUACCAAGGUGA